AUGCGUGUUAAAGAUAUCGAUGGAGUAUUUACAGAUGUUGAAAGAACAGAUGCAGCUCGCUUGAUCUCGCCCAUUUACGACUACGACGUGGCCGAGGAUGGCUGCUUCGCCAUGACAUACGCAAUGAAUGAACACCUAGAAAAGUAUGUGAUCGUAAUCGAAGCAGUGGGCGGAAAAGACGCAGUUGGCUACGCUUUUCUGACUAUAAAGAAAGUGGCCAUACUUCAUGGGACGAAGUGUAUUGAAGCAGCCAAACAAGUCUCAGUUCCACCACCAGAUUUCGUUCAAGAGUAUUUUGUGUACGAAACGACAAAAGCUCCGCCGCCAGCUGGUGUACCCACCACCAUCUACAAAUGCUCCGUCACUAACAACAGACCCACCACCAUCAGCAACUGCUCCUCCAGAAACAACAAACCCACCCCCAUCAACAACUGCUCUGCCAGAAACAACGGCCCCAUUACCUUCGACUACUGCUCCGCCACAAACAACAGACCUAGCACCAUCAACAAAUGCUCCGUCAGAAAUAACAGACUCACCACCAUCGACAAUUGCUCCAUCAAAAACAACAGACCCAUCACCCUCGACAACUGCUCCGCCAGAAACAACAGACCCAUUACCAUCGACAACUGCACCGUCACAAACAACAGACCCAUUACCAUCGACAACUGCACCGUCACAAACAAAAAACCCACCACCCUCGACAACUGCUCCGUCAAAAACAACACAUUCACCACCAUCAACAACUGCUCCAUCGAAAACAACAGAUCUACCACUAUUGCCAUUUGCUCCGUCACAAACAACAGACUCACCAUCUGCAACAACUGCUUCGCCAGAAACAACAGACCCACCACCAUCAACAACUGCUCCGACAGAAACAACAAACCCACCGCCAUCAACAACUGCCCUUCCAGAAACAACAUACCCAUCACCAACAACAACUGCUGCGUCAGUAACAACAGACCCACCACCAUCGACAACUGCUCCGUCAGAAACAACAGACCCACCACCAUCGACAACUGCUCCGUCAGAAACAACAGACCCAUCACCAUCGACAACUGCUGCUUCAGUAACAACAGAUCCACCGCCAUCAACAACUGCCCUUCCAGAAACAACAUACCCACCACCAUCGACAACUGCUCCGUCAGAAACAACAAACCCAUCGCCAUCAACAACUGCCCCUCCAGAAACAACAUACCCACCACCAACAACAACUGUUGCGUCAGUAACAACAGACCCACCACCAUCGACAACUGCUCCGUCACAAACAACAGACCCACCACCAUCGACAACUGCUGCUUCAGUAACAACAGAUCCACCGCCAUCAACAACUGCCCUUCCAGAAACAACAUACCCACCACCAACAACAACUGCUGCGUCACAAACAACACACCCACCACCAUCGAUAACUGCUCAAUCACAUACAACAGACCCAGCACCAUCGACAACUGCUGCUUCAGUAACAACAGAUACACCGCCAUCAACAACUGCUCCGUCAGAAACAACAGACACACCACCAUCAACAACUGCUGCUUCAGUAACAACAGAUCCACCGCCAUCAACAACUGCCCUUCCAGAAACAACAUACCCACCACCAACAACAACUGCUGCGUCAGUAACAACAGACCCACUACCAUCGACAACUGCCCUUCCAGAAACAACAUACCCACCACCAACAACAACUGCUGCAUCAGGAACAACAGACCCACCACCAUCGACAGCGGCUCCGUCAGAAACAACAAACCCACCACCAUCAACAACUGCUCCGUCACAAACAACAGACCCACCACCAUCGACAACUGCUGCUUCAGUAACAACAGAUCCACCGCCAUCAACAACUGCCCUUCCAGAAACAACAUACCCACCACCAACAACAACUGCUGCGUCAGUAACAACAGACCCACCACCAUCGACAACUGCUCCGUCAGAAACAACAGACCCACCACCAUCGACAACCACUGCUUCAGUAACAACAGAUCCACCGCCAUCAACAACUGCCCUUCCAGAAACAACAUACCCACCACCAACAACAACUGCUGCGUCAGUAACAACAGACCCACCACCAUCGACAACUGCUCCGUCAGAAACAACAGACCCACCACCAUCGACAACUGCUGCUUCAGUAACAACAGAUCCACCGCCAUCAACAACUGCCCUUCCAGAAACAACAUACCCACCACCAACAACAACUGCUGCGUCAGUAACAACAGACCCACCACCAUCGACAACUGCUCCGUCAGAAACAACAGACCCACCACCAUCGACAACCACUGCUUCAGUAACAACAGAUCCACCGCCAUCAACAACUGCUCCGUCAGAAACAACAAACCCACCACCAUCGACAACUGCUCCGUCAGAAACAGACCCACCACCAUCGACAACUGCUGCUUCAGUAACAACAGAUCCACCGCCAUCAACAACUGCCCUUCCAGAAACAACAUACCCACCACCAACAACAACUGCUGCGUCAGUAACAACAGACCCACCACCAUCGACAACUGCUCCGUCAGAAACAACAAACCCACCGCCAUCAACAACUGCCCUUCCAGAAACAACAUACCCACCACCAACAACAACUGCUACGUCAGUAACAACAGACCCACCACCAUCGACAACUGCACCGUCAGAAACAACAGACCCACCACCAUCGACAACUGCUGCUUCAGUAACAACAGAUCCACCGCCAUCAACAACUGCCCUUCCAGAAACAACAUACCCACCACCAACAACAACUGCUGCGUCAGUAACAACAGACCCACCACCAUCGACAACUGCUCCGUCAGAAACAACAGACCCACCACCAUCGACAACCACUGCUUCAGUAACAACAGAUCCACCGCCAUCAACAACUGCCCUUCCAGAAACAACAUACCCACCACCAACAACAACUGCUGCGUCAGUAACAACAGACCCACCACCAUCGACAACUGCUCCGUCAGAAACAACAGACCCACCACCAUCGACAACCACUGCUUCAGUAACAACAGAUCCACCGCCAUCAACAACUGCUCCGUCAGAAACAACAAACCCACCACCAUCGACAACUGCUCCGUCAGAAACAACAGACCCACCACCAUCGACAACUGCUCCGUCGGAAACAACAGUUCUACCACCAUCGACAACUGCUCCGUCAGAAACAACAGACCCACCACCAUCGACAACUGCUCCGUCGGAAACAACAGUUCUACCACCAUCGCUAACUGCUCCGUCACAAAUAACAGACCUACCACUAUCAUUAACUGCUGCUUCAGUAAAUGCAGACCUACCACCAUCGACAACUGCUGCGUCAGUAACAACAGAUCCACCGCCAUCAACAACUGCCCCUCCAGAAACAACAUACCCACCACUAUCAACAACUGCUGCGUCAGUAACAACAGACCCACCACCAUCGACAACUGCUACGUCACAAACAACAGCACCACCAGCAUCGACAACUGCUCAAUCACAUACAAAAGACCCACCGCCAUCGACAACUGCUCCGUCAGAAACAACAAACCCACCACCAUCAACAACUGCUCCGUCAGUAACAACAGACCCACCACCAUCGACAACUGCUACUUCACAAACAACAAACCCACCACCAUCGACAACUGCUGCGUCAGUAACAACAGAUCCACCGCCAUCAACAACUGUCCUUCCAGAAACAACAUACCCACCACCAACAACAACUGCUGCGUCAGUAACAACAGACCCACCACCAUCAACAACUGCUCCGUCAGUAACAACAGACCCACCACCAUCGACAACUUCUACUUCACAAACAACAAACCCACCACCAUCGACAACUGCUGCGUCAGUAACAACAGAUCCACCGCCAUCAACAACUGUCCUUCCAGAAACAACAUACCCACCACCAACAACAACUGCUGCGUCAGUAACAACAGACCCACCACCAUCGACAGCUGCUCCGUCAGAAACAACAAACCCACCACCAUCGACAACUGCUGCGUCAGUAACAACAGACCCACCACCAUCGACAGCUGCUCCGUCAGAAACAACAAACCCACCACCAUCGACAACUGCUGCGUUUGUAACAACAGACCCACCACCAUCGACAACUGCUGCGUUUGUAACAACAGACCCACCACCAUCGACAACUGCUGCGUUUGUAACAACAGACCCACCACCAUCGACAACUGCUGCGUUUGUAACAACAGACCCACCACCAUCGACAACUGCUGCGUUUGUAACAACAGACCCACCACCAUCGACAACUGCUGCGUUUGUAACAACAGACCCACCACCAUCAACAACACCUCCUCCAGAAACAACAUACCCACCACCAACAACAACUGCUCCGUCACAAACAACAAACCCACCAUCAUCGACAACUGCUGCGUUUGUAACAACAGACCCACCACCAUCGACAACUGCUGCGUUUGUAACAACAGACCCACCACCAUCGACAACUGCUGCGUUUGUAACAACAGACCCACCACCAUCGACAACUGCUGCGUUUGUAACAACAGACCCACCACCAUCGACAACUGCUGCGUUUGUAACAACAGACCCACCACCAUCGACAACUGCUGCGUUUGUAACAACAGACCCACCACCAUCGACAACUGCUGCGUUUAUAACAAUAGACCCACCACCAUCGACAACUGCUACUUCACAUACAACAGACCCACCACCAUCGACAACUGCUCAAUCACAUACAACAAACCCACCAUCAUCGAUAACUGCUCAAUCACAUACAACAAACCCACCAUCAUCGAUAACUGCUCCGUCAGAAACAACAUACCCACCACCAACAACAACUGCUGCGUUAGUUACAACAGAUCCACCGCCAUCAACAACACCUCCUCCAGAAACAACAGACCCACCACCAUCGACAACUGCUCCGUCACAAACAACAAACCCACCACCAUCGACAACUGCUGCCUCCGCCGCCAGCAAUAG